CCCCCACAUUCAUACAAACACAGCUUAUUCUUCCACUCUCACUACUUUAGUGCAUAGUUCAGAACUAAUCACAUAAACAAAAAAUGGAGCAGACCUUUAUCAUGAUCAAGCCUGAUGGUGUCCAACGUGGCCUGGUCGGUGAGAUUAUUGGAAGAUUUGAGAAGAAAGGUUUCUCUUUGAAAGGCUUGAAGCUUAUAACUGUGGAUCGUGCUUUCGCUGAGAAGCACUAUGCGGACUUGUCUGCAAAGCCUUUCUUCAAUGGGCUUGUGGAAUACAUUGUGUCUGGCCCCGUUGUUGCGAUGGUAUGGGCUGGUAAGGGUGUAGUUACUACUGGUAGGAAGAUAAUUGGAGCAACGAACCCCUUGGAGUCUGCUGCAGGCACCAUCCGUGGUGAUUUUGCUAUUGACAUUGGGAGGAAUGUUAUUCAUGGAAGUGAUUCCGUUGAGAGCGCUAAGAAGGAAAUUGCUCUUUGGUUUCCUGAAGGUGUUGCAGAGUGGCAGAGCAGUCUUCAUUCUUGGAUUUAUGAGUAAAAGGUUUUAGCUACUCUAUUGGUGUCCUGUUUAUCUUUUUUGCCUGCAGCUUAUGAACUUUUGACUGUUGUUUGAGUAAAAACAUCGUUGUUUCAGAUUUACUUUCUUUUGGGUAUGUCAAGAAGACUUAAGAUAUGAUAUGAGAUAGUUGUAGUUAGUAAUCUCACUUCUGCUACACUUUACAUAAUUGAGUUUUGUCAUUUGUCAGCUUCAUCAAUUGUCUAAGAAAAAAACCUUGAAGUGGAAGUUGUAUCAUAUAUAUCAGUGUUUUAGAGUGUUGCAGGG